UCCCAUGCAAACUGUGGCAGCCAGAUAUGUUGCCCUUAGGGUUAGGAUUCCCGAGCCAUUCUCUCUAUUUUGAGGGAUUUUUUCCUCUCAGCUCUACCACAUUCGCCUCACAGGCAGACCUCCCAGAAUCCUGUGCGCCACGCUUUAGUGGAGAUGAAGGAAAGGGCAUGGUAUCGGCAGGACACGCAGGCACAUAGAGAUAGGAGGGUUAGCAGCUGGGAGUGGGAGGGGAUCUAGGAACAAAUUCAUUUCCUGUUUAGGGUGGAAAGAGAAAAAGAGAAAAAGAGAAAAGUGUGCUGGACAGACAAUGGGAAGAUCUGCUGAGCGAGGUGUAGAGGGGAGGCGGUGAUAGGGAUGCUGCACAGCUGGGAGCCUUGACAUGAGGGCUGUGUGGGGCAUGUACUUCUGCCGAAUGGACAAGCAGCCCGGGCACACAUGAACGACAGAAAGGAUGCAGGGCUGGGACACACGAAGUAUCCCUGCAUGGAACUGAACGAGAAUAAUAGGGUUUAGGGGUUCAGGAUGGAAUAGUUGAAUUGUCCACAGCAGAACAGGAUCUGGAACCAGAAUAAGCAAAUUUGCUACAGAAGAACAAGUGAUAUUAAAUAUAUGUUACUGGACUUCAAGACAGUCGCAAUAUGAAGCUAAAUGAACGGAACCUGGCAUAUUAUGCCACAAGCAAAUCUCCAGUGGACAAGCGUGGCUUUCUGUUUAAGAAGGGGGAUCGCAAUACUAGUUAUAACAAGCGAUGGUUUGUACUGAAGGGUAACACACUCUUCUACUUUGACAAUGAGGAAAGCAAAGAGCCUCUCGGAGUUAUUAUACUGGAGGGUUGCAGGGUGGAGCUUUGCGAGUCUACAGAGGAAUUUGCUUUUGCCAUCAAAUUUGAGUACACCAAAUCAAAAGCAUACAUUCUUGCUGCUGAUAACCAGAUUACUAUGGAAUCCUGGGUAAAAGCCCUCUCUAGGGCUAACUUUGAAUAUAUUAGACUUGUUGUAGUAGAACUACAGAAGCAGCUAAAGGAAAUGCAAAUGGGUAUGACCUCUUAUAAAAUUCAGGGGGUGACAGAAAAAAAUAAGCAGUUGUCUUGUAAUACUCACCAGUUUCUGUCUCAAGACAUUCAUGAGAAACCAGUGUGUUCUUUGCUAAAAGACAAUAUCAAUGCAACAUGGAAUAACAUCCCAGUUACUGUAGCAAAUGGUUCUGUCUUCAACUGUGAGGAAAUAGACUGUGACACCAUGAGGUACUUACCUUCUGGUUUGGAGGGCAGUUCUGUGUCUGGCUUUCUUCCUAUACAAAGUCAAGUUCUUCCUAAAAAGGAGGAAGAGGAUAUGUGCCCGUCUUCUAAGGAAGGAGCAGAGUCCCCAACAUUUGAUAGUUUUGAAAAACUGCAUAAUUUUUUUGGAGAAGAAAUUGUGGAUCUAAGGGCCAAAUGGAUUGAAGUAUUACAAAAACAGCUGUGAACCCAAAUGUGGUAAAAGGAGAAAUGUCACUAUUGACUUGAUAUUUGUAAUUAGUGAACCUUCUUUUACCACUAGACAAAGAAUUAUCAUGUUCAAGCAAAAAAAAUAUGAACACGUUUCAGGUUAUAACAGCACUUUUUUAUACUGGGAGAGAAUGUAGUUAUGUUACACCUAAUUUUACUUUGUCUGGGAAUGUAUAUCUUAAAAUAUGUAUUGUCCUAUUUACCCCAAGUGCCAUUGGAAGGGCACUUUAUGUUACUUUUAUACAGAACAGUAUAACCCCUUAAAGGACAUGUAAAGUGUAUUUUAUUGUGGAUGCCAAAUACUCGGCCUCCCUAUCUGCUCAUGCACAGUAAAGUAGAAUUGGCAGAUCUACUCUACUGUGCACACACAGAUCGCCAAGGAUAGAAGAUAGAUGGUACUGAGAUGCUGGUGCAGUGCUUUGGGUAUCUCUUCCGUGUGCCGGCCCAAGGAAAAGCUUAGUGUUCUAUUUCACUGGGGCGGGUGCCCCCCUCCAGUGAAAUAGACUUUACAUGUUCUUUACAUUUUUUUAACACUGGUACCAGUAACAGAUGGACUGCAUGUUGGCUGUCAGCAUACAGGUAAAGAAAAUACAUCCUUUCCUGGAUCUUGGGUCCUGGGGAUACCUUAGGAUCCAUUUUGUUUUCUUUAAUAUGUCAGUAUUGUUAGACUGUCUGAUGGUUCUGGCUUUACCUUUAUUGUCACUAGCUAAAUAUAAGCACAGUUGGGAGAGGGGGGGAAGCUUAUCACUAAACUCACUCUUAAUCCUUGCAUGGUGGUAGUAUUAACUGACCAGCAUGUGUUUCCACGUUAAGAUAUUACUGCGUACAUCAUGUUUAUUGACUUUUAUCUCCUAAAAGACAAGUAUAUAGGGUUUUAUUGAAAAUGGGUUUUUUUUUUUUUUUUCAAAUAAACAAAAAACUGAUCCCUUACUUAA